ACUUUUGUAUGCAUUGCUGUCUAGUUUGUGUCGGAAAGUUGGUGUGUGUCUUUUUUGUGCAACAAGUGUUUAUUUCGUGUGUAAACAUCUUAUCUCAUUUGCGGAUGGUAUCUCCAAGUCUUAUCGUGUGUACAGUGCUAUGAAUGUGUUAGUGAAAUUACGUUUACUAUUUGUGUUCAUAUAAUCAGGCUGCAGACUUUUUCUUUGCAAGUUUUAAUAGAGAGAUGAAGGAACAAAAAAUCACGGCCUAGUAGUAACUGCAGGAAUUACAGCUAUGAUGGUCAUCUUCUCGAUCCCUAGUGCAGGAAUGGUAGCAGAGCUGUCUGGUUCUAUAGAAGAGUCAACACACCCUCUCCAUGAAGAAGACCGUCCAGCUAGCAAAUGAGAAGCAAGAACCGUCCACAAGGAAGUCUGUCGGUACGAACAGCUGUCGAAAAGAACGAAUUGGAUACUUCAGUUACCAGCAUCAGAUCAGUUCCAACAGUUCUUCAUCUGUGCGAAAUAUACGCGAAACAUUUGAAAGAAGUUCUGCAAAAAAUGAUUGCUUAAAAAAUGGUGAUUCGUUUCGUUAUCACAGAAGUGACAGUGUGAAGUCAGGUAACAGUGAUGAUGCAUCCGUAAAUGGACAGACAAACGCGUCAAAUGUUUCAGUUGUAAGUCUCCCAGGUGAUUCGAAUGACGUAAAAAUCGAUGUUCAAAAUAUAGACAGCGGAGGGCAAACAUCGAACACUUCCCCGGUGUCUCUUCGUUCAUCCCAAAUCGGACCGGAGAAAGCGCAGGAUAGAUUGGUGAAAAGCCAUUCAUACAUCGAAGAACUGCAGCAGAAUCUAGCCACUAAACCCAGUUCUGCAACCGUAGAGGCAUUCAAACAUGAAUACUUACCCGCCCUUGGCCGCAGAAGUCAUAGCACGACAGUUCCUCAUCUGACGAACGGCAAACAAAAUAUCGAUAGCAGUAAUCGACAGUCACACAUUUCUAAAGCAGACGUAAAGGUUGACGUUUCAGGGUCGUCAUUGAAGAAGAGGAGAUUGUUUUUUAGUGCACUCUUCGCCUCUUCUGUGAAUAAACUUCCUCGUAAAAAUACUGAUUCACAAAGUAAUCAUGAAGGAAAAACACGAACAGAAGUAAAUCAUGCCGCAGUCCCAGUAGAUGACGUCUCGAUACAGUUGGAAAGUAAGCAGACACAGAACCAAGAGUCUGUUGAAGGCACUUCCAAAAGCUGCAUUGAAAGGGCUGUUGAAACCAGAGAAGUGCUGUCCGGUGACAAUAUUGAUGGACAUUGUGAAUUGGAAGACAAAGGUAGGAAUCCAUCCUCAUGUACGAAUCCCGGUGACGUGAGUGAUUCUUGCCGUAGUAGUAUUUUAGACACGUCAAAACAACAGAUUAGUAGCAGACCAGAACCUCCGAAGUCACCCAAGCCAGUUAGGAUUUCUUGGACUACAAAGUUGAUUCAGAAGCUCACGGAAGAGGAAACGAGGAAGAAAAAUAAGCCACAGAUAAGUCAGAAGCCCAGACGGUUAGUGAGAUUCCCUCAGAAGAACCCUCCUAAAGUGGUGAAGCAAGAGAGGCCUGCUGUUUAUGAGGGAAGUAAAAUACAACGCGAAUCAGACCUGUUACACCCGUCAACAGACGCCUGUGACUCUUACGAUGACUGCAGAGUGAAAGACCCAAAGGAGAACCCUUCUGGUAUUACUAUUGAUGAAAAAAGUAACGACGCUUAUGCCAGUGUGAUUUCUCAGUUGGCGACCUCGACGACCGACGAGAACUCCGAGCAAGAGUCAGAGUUGAACGGAGAAGACUUGCUUUUGAAGCAGAAGAAGUUGGAAGAGAUCAGAGCAGCGAUUGCGCGGGAAGAGUGCAUUUGCACUAGUAGUGACGACGAAAGCGUCACCUCAGCCGCCAUAACGGCGUCCACGGGGAACAUAGUUGACGGCCGGAGGAAGGAACCGAAACCCUCAGGGAUUAGGCGUCUCCUACCUCAGGGUCUGUUCGUGCAAAAACAUCAGCACGUUAACAGGUCAGAUGACGACGCUGUCUUGGAAUCACUUCUGAAGCGACCCGAGCACUCUCGCGUUUACCCAGCGCGCCCGGUGUUAGAGACAGCUUUUCUGUCUGAUUCGGAGUCAAAGUUGCCGGUAAGGUCUGAAGUUCGCCAGCAACAGCGAUCACAGAGUUCUUCGCCGGCUUCGAGACACAAGCAAGCAUCCCCAAGAACACGCCGCCAUCAGCAAGACCGAGACCAAGCGAUUAUUCAAGAGAACGAGCAGAAUGCAUCCAGGAUCAGUUAUCAGGCGAGAUCAAAGAGUCUGAGUCCGGCCAGAGACCGCCGAACCACUGCGACAAGUCCAAGAACCAAAAGGACGGUCCCAGACACGUCCAUGAUACUGGAGGAACGUCUCCAGCAUAUCCGGAGGGAACUUACCUCUCCUCCAGCUAGAGAUGCUAAAAGACCGUCUUCCGCCAGUCCCACCGACCGUCCGAACAGGGUACACCAAAAGCAGAACUCGUUGCCUUCGUAUUCAAGCAAGACCACUCAGCAAGAAAAAGUACUCCAGAACAGAGGUUACAGCGGCGGGCCAGUCGAUGCGUAUUACCAUUCGCCGCCAAGCCGAAGACGUCCGCUGUACAAAGAUGCUCAGAAUAGAGACACGACAGAUGAUUUUGGAAGGAAAGUGAGUGGUAGCAGUUCUACUUCUUCCAGUUCCACCAUAGUGGCCGAAUCGCCCUCGAUUUCUUCGUUGUCGUGGAACCCACUUCUAGUUAACUUGGAAAAUCAGGCCAUUAGCGGGUCACCGGACAUCCGUAAACUGCAGCAGCAGAGACAGCAGCAUGCUAAUGAUUCUGGACUGUAUGGCGACACUCGGAGGGACGUCCACAGAGAUGUCCGUGGCGGCCUCGUCUCUCGAAGUUUCGACUCGCCGGACAUGCAUUACCACUCUAUUCCCGGAUCACCGAGAAGCACUCAAGGUUUCUUACAAAUUCAUCACAAUCCGUCGUUGGUCCAACAAAGGAGCCCGACGUCUGUACCAUCUGGCAGAGUUUCAGCUCCACCGAUUCCGUCAUACUACAUCGAAAAUUAUCCCAGACGGAGAGUCAUAUCGCCAGAGCCGCCUAGGACUCGCCAAAAUUAUGAAUAUGGGCCAUCUUCCAGGAGAUCCUUAUCACAGCCACCGAUUGCGCGCGAAUCUGAUCAAAGGUCCCCACAAUCACCUUUACAACCGGUUAUCGUGAGACUGAUACGUCCAGUCGGCGGUCAAGUCCAGACCACUUCAUCUAAGUCCCAUCCGAUGCAAGAAGGGGAAGCCAACAGCAAAGAAACACAGACAGCAAGGAGUUACAUACAACAGCAGUACCGGCAGUUGGGAGAGGCUCUGCAGAGGAGUCCGCAGGCACAAUACAAGAAGCUUUCGCGCCAGGAAAUAGAAGCAUUAUACUGGGAGACACAGAAGUUGAGGGAAGGGCUAUCAUCCCUGUCACAACACAUCUCACCCGAAGGUCAACGGAUGGAGAAACGGUACCAUUCAGCAGCAUCACUACCACAGCAAAUGACUUCUGCCCACCGCAAUGUCCACCGAUCUGAGCAGAGCAGUCCAAUGUUGUUUCAUCCAGACGCAGCACCAAGACAGCCUUUUAGGACGCAGUCAGCAGUUAACGUUGGAAGUGGUUAUGGGUCCGUAAUUGUCAGACCUCAGCCUAUUUACAACAACGUCCAGCUUCAGCAGCCAAUGCAUAUAGCUCGAACAUCACAUGACGGCAACCCCAAAGUACCCAGAGCUAGAAGUGCCUCUCCGGGGCCGAACAGCGACAAGCAUUUGUCAUCAAGAAGUAUGAGCCUUCCAAGGUCUAUGCCGGCUUCCACGGUUCCUGAAAAUCCGUCUCGCAAAGUAAGCGACGACAGGAACAACUUUGCGAGGGGCGUACCUCAGAGAAACACAAUAGGUCCCAUAAGGACAUCGAGUAAUUUGCCUCAGAACCGUCAACAGUCAACACCAACCAUAUACGAAGAACCACGACAGCGCGGAGGCGAUAAUGUACAGAUACGCUACGGGGAACGUUACAAACAUGCCGAUGGAGAGGGCGGAAAUAAGAACAGCAAGUCAGAGGACACUGUGGACAUAGUAAUGGUCAGGAGCCCCUCAUCUGUUGACGGAAACGACCCAAAGAAAUCUGGUAGUGGCAAAAGGAAUAAGAGAUCUUCGUCAGAACAACCAGCGUCACAUGAAAAUUACUACCCUCCUAUAUUCAAACGUGGGAGUCUGAUUAGCACGUCGACAUGUGACGGCAUGGACAGCCCAAUGAUACCUAAACGAGUUAGCUUUACCAGAAGUUACACUGACGAACCCCUGUAUUGGCCAACACGCAACGGACCUGCUCCAGAGCCACCUACGAGACAGCGUAAACCAGAAAGCAGUGAUUCAGAUGUGUUUCUGCCCUCCGAUGAAUACAGCGCUUACGCCAAUGCUCCUCAAGCACCAAAUCGUCCGUUGCCGCCCAUACCGCGUGAUGUGAACGGAGACGCGUACGGUGUCUUGGCGAGAAAAGGUCGAGAUUCGAAAUCUCCGGCGAGCGGAUUCCCCAUUUCUGUUCAGAGAUGGCAGCAGCAAUCCGAGUCGGAGUCUGGCAGCGAGGCGGGGGAAGUUCAACGAAUUCUACAGCAGGGGUGCCACGGUCGCGGCACGUACUUCCGCUUUCCAGGUAUGAGCUUUUUGAUUUGACUGACAGGUGCCGACAGUGGCGCGUUCAUAUCCGGAAUGUGAUUUUUGGAUAUUUGUGUACAUGUAAAUCCAUUUCAGGUCAUCCAAAACAUUUAACGAAACGAAAAAGGG